CACUGCAGCCUCCUCUUGUCAAUUCACUCGUUCGGGCUCAGUCAUAGCAGCAGCACUGCUAGUGACUCUAACCUCUCCAGUUCCUGUUUCCGCCUCUCAGCUUACAACAUCUUUUAUGAAAUAAUUCCCCAAAACUCCAACCGAAUACUCCUGCAUUCAAAGGGGCAUACCAAGUUCAACAGGCCUGUUUGUAAUUGGAUGGCGCUAAAGAGCAUGUGAUGGCAGCAUGCCCCUUGGGACUGCUCUCAUUGUGUGCAGGCGGCCCUUCUGGUUAAACUGAAAGUAGGUCACAAUCUUCAGCACAUACUUCUACUGUUCCACCUAGCGAAGACGGUCUCUUAUUCCUACAAAACAGGUUUUGAAGAGUGGACAUCAUGCAGCUCUCCUCACUUAUUAACAACACCCAAGUGAGACACUAAGAUCAUACACGGCACAUUUAUAAAGAGUUUGAAGUCCUGUAUUUGAAGAGUGGCUGUUUUAACUGGAGCCAUUUGUAUUUUGAAAGAUACAGAACAACACGGUCGAAAAAGGCCCUGGGUCAACACUGCCAAUACCUUUUAGGAUUUUGAAUGCUUGAAUCAGAUCACCGCAUAGUCUUCUUUGUUCAAGACUGAAUAGAUUAAAUUCUUUUAGCCAUUAUAAGCCAUAAUCAUUCCUAGUUAUCCCCCAACAUAUACAGCAGUGUGACGGUUUCCAUAUAAAAAUAGCCUUCCCAAGGGAACUUUUAACAACAGAAUCCUGAAGCAGUGAUUUUUACCAGAGGCUGUUUGUUGGCAGUGAAAGAACACAUCCACCGUAUACAAGACAACUUGAACCUUGAAAAGAAUAAACACGCAAGUUUGACAGGGUUACGGACAGAGGUAAAAAGAGAAGGGGAGAGAGGAGGAAGAGAGAAUUGUGGAAACACAGACAAGAAUCCUGGAAUAAGUGAACGUCCUGCUUCUUCUCGGGAGUAGAAAAUUCAAAUUGUGGCAGGAGCGGAAAGGAGCUUGAAAGAGUUACGGGCUUCGAGACUAUGUGGUGAGGAGGGACAGGUGUAAGGAAGGCAGGCAGGCAGACUGCGAGGUCCCCUCACUCACACUCGGAGCACUUAAAGAUGCGCGGUGUCCUGCUGUGAAGGCAUCAUUGGGAGCUUUGUGAAUAAACUAAGAGACUUGAAGAUGCGGCCAUGGACCGGCUCCUGGCGGUGGAUUAUGCUCAUCCUCUUGGCCUGGGGCACCCUGCUCUUCUACAUCGGAGGACACCUGGUCAGAGACAAUGACCACCCUGACCGCUCCAGCCGAGAGCUCUCCAAAAUCCUGGCCAAGCUGGAGCGCUUAAAACAGCAGAACGAGGACCUGCGGAGGAUGGCCGAGUCUUUAAGAAUCCCUGAAGGGCCCAUUGAUCAGGGCCCUGCCUCAGCAGGAAGAGUGCGGGCUUUGGAAGAGCAGCUCAUUAAGGCCAAAGAGCAGAUCGAGAACUUCAGGAAGCAGGCUGGAGACGGUCCUGGAAAAAAUCAAGAGAUUUUACGGCGCAGAAUUGCCAACGGCGUCAAGGAGCUGUGGUAUUUCAUCCGUAGUGAAUUAAAGAAAGUCACACAGAUGGAAGGAAGUGAUCUACAGAAAUAUACAGCUGGGUUAUUGGAAGAUCUUGGACACCAGCAAAGGUCAAUCAUGACUGAUCUGCACCACCUCAGUCAAACAGACGGGGCUGGUGACUGGAGAGAGAAGGAAGCCAGGGACCUUUCCAAUCUGGUUCAGAACAGAAUAACAUACCUUCAGAACCCCAACGACUGCAGCAAAGCCAGGAAGCUGGUUUGCAACAUCAACAAAGGCUGCGGUUACGGCUGUCAGCUCCAUCACGUUGUCUACUGCUUCAUGAUCGCCUACGGCACCCAGCGCACCCUCAUCCUGGAGUCCCAAAACUGGCGCUAUGCCACGAGCGGCUGGGAGUCUGUCUUCAAAGCCGUCAGCGAGUCAUGCACUGACAGAUCGGGAACCUCCACAGGCCACUGGUCAGGUGAAGCCAAUGACAGGGAUGUACAGGUCGUAGAGCUGCCCAUCGUGGACAGCCUGCACCCUCGCCCCCCCUACCUGCCGCUAGCUAUCCCAGAAGACCUUGCUGACCGGCUGGACCGUCUCCAUGGUGACCCGUCUGUGUGGUGGGUCUCACAGUUCGUCAAGUACCUGAUUCGACCGCAGCCCUGGCUAGAGAAGGAGAUUGAUGAAGCCACCAGGAAAAUGGGCUUUAAGCACCCAAUAAUAGGGGUUCACGUCCGAAGGACUGACAAGGUGGGAACGGAAGCUGCCUUCCACCCCAUUGAAGAGUAUAUGGUGCAGGUAGAGGAGCACUUCCAGAUGCUCGGCCGGAGGAUGCACAUCGACAAGAAGAGAGUGUACCUGGCCACAGACGACCCCUCCCUGCUACAGGAAGCAAAAACAAAGUAUAAAGAUUACGAGUUUAUAAGCGACAACUCCAUAUCGUGGUCUGCUGGUCUGCACAAUCGAUACACCGAGAACUCCCUGCGAGGCGUCAUUCUGGACAUUCACUUCUUAUCCCAGACAGACUUUCUGGUGUGCACCUUCUCCUCACAGGUCUGUCGAGUUGCCUACGAGAUCAUGCAGACCCUGCACCCCGAUGCUUCCACGCACUUCCACUCGCUGGACGACAUCUACUACUUCGGGGGCCAGAACGCUCACAACCAGAUAGCCAUCUACCCACAUCAACCCCGGACUGGAGAGGAGAUACUGCUGGAGCCCGGAGAUGUGAUCGGGGUGGCCGGCAACCACUGGGACGGCUACUCCAAAGGGAUGAACCGCAAAAUGGGAAGAACGGGGCUUUACCCCUCCUACAAAGUGAAGGAGAAGAUAGAGACUGUGAAAUACCCAACCUAUCCUGAGGCUGAUAAGCAGCUACCACAGUAGCCAAGAAAGAGACUGUGAUAAUACAGCGGUAAUGGCAACUGGUUGGUACUUUAUCCUUUAAGCACCCAUUUAAAGUGGCAUGGGCGGACUUCUUUUGGUUGUAACAUGUGAUGCAAAAAAAUAACACAAGGGAUUGCAAAUAAUAUUCUUUUUAAACAUUUUGAACGGACUAUUGUAGCCGGGACUAAGACUGGAGAUGGACAAAUGGUUAUGUUUUGUUUUUUUAUGGAUAUCCUUACCUACCUACCCCCACCCAUCCUUCCACUUCUUUAUCAAUGAAUGUACCCUUCUAAAAACCCACCUACCAUGUCUUUUUACUGUUUAGACUGUUGCAUUCAUCAUGUCUGCUAUUUUUUAUUCUCCUCAGACCUUCGUCAGACUGCCAUUUUGUGCUUUUAAUGUGUAAUUAGGAACAGUUUUAUUUGUCGUGUGUAUGUGUGUGUUCCUGAACUUGGUGCCUGGAAAAAAACUAAAUGGCUUUUUAUUAAUUAUUAUUAUUAUUAUAGUUAUUAUUAUUAUUAUUGCUAAACCAUCUGCGUUAUCGCCGAGUCUAAAUUUGGACCUUGCCAGUAUUGCUAGUGUUGGUUACAAUUGUGUCAACGGAAAGAUUCCAUAAAUUGUCUGUUUUUUUUUUUUUCUUUUUUCUUUUACCCUUCUUACACGUUUUAAAACACAUCUAAAUUAAAAAAAAUGUGUAGGUCAUAACAAGAUUUACGUUAAUGGCCAUUUCUUUGAUAACAAAAGAAGAAAUAAACCUGGAUAAACCAUUUCACUUGUGUGUCCUUAAUUCUUAUUACUCCAGUAUAAUUACACGCGUUCAGCAGGGAUUUAACUGUAUGGGGUGAGGAGUUUUGAGUGUGUAAUAUUUUAAAGUGUAAGCCUUUUUCGUUCCAUUCCAACCGAGUGACAAUGUGACUUUUCAGCUCAGCUUGCCUCGCAUACUGUAUUCUGCAUAUGCAUAUAAAGAGAAUAGGUGGAGCUGAAAGGCUACACUUUCACAUGAUUUGAAUGGAACGAGGCCUGUUCAGUCCCGACAUCUAAGAUAUAAUCAUUUAUUUUCAAAUGACAGUAUUUUUAAUUUCUGUUCAUUUCUCAAAAAUAAAAGUUUGUGGCAAAUCAAAUGUCACAUUUUUUUGUGUAAUGUCAGUGCUGUGAACAAAAUGCAUUUGUAGGUUCUAAAAAAAAAAAAAUAAUUCCACUGGAAUUAAAAGGUUCCGUUGCUCCAGUAUUGGAGUUGGACUUUUCUGUGAA